AUGCUUUCAAAAGUUCCUGAAGAUCCCCUUACUAAAGCAUGCAAAGAAGGAAAUCUCGAACAUAUUAAAUCUCUUAUAGAAAAUGGUAACUAUAAAGUAGAAUCUUUAGGUUUACCACUCAUUAAAGCAGCAAAAAAUGGUCAUCUUGAAGUUGUUAAUUAUCUUAUCUCUGUUGGAGCUGAUAAAGAAGCAAAGGAUAAAAACGGAUAUAAUCCACUCAUUCUUGCAUCAAGUAAUGGUAAAUUUGAAGUUGUUGAAUAUCUUAUCUCAGUUGGAGCUAAUAAAGAAGCAAAGGAUAAAAACGGAUAUAAUCCACUCAUUCUUGCGUCAUAUCAUGGUCAUCUUGAAGUUGUUAAUUAUCUUAUCUCUGUUGGAGCUGAUAAAGAAGCAAAGGAUAAUCAUGGAUCUACUCCACUCAUUUCUGCAUCAUCUCAUGGUAAUCUUGAAGUUGUUGAAUAUUUUAUCUCUGUUGGAGCUGAUAAAGAAGCAAAGGAUAAUAAUGGAUGGACUCCACUCAUUUGGGCAUCAGAUAAUGGUAAUCUUGAAGUUGUUAAAUAUCUUAUCUCUGUUGGAGCUGAUAAAGAAGCAAAGGAUAAUCAUGGAUCUACUCCACUCAUUUCUGCAUCAUCUCAUGGUAAUCUUGAAGUUGUUGAAUAUUUUAUCUCUGUUGGAGCUGAUAAAGAAGCAAAGGAUAAUAAUGGAUGGACUCCACUCAUUUGGGCAUCAGAUAAUGGUAAUCUUGAAGUUGUUAAAUAUCUUAUCUCUGUUGGAGCUGAUAAAGAAGCAAAGGAUAAUAAUGGAUGGACUCCACUCAUUUGGGCAUCAGAUAAUGGUAAUCUUGAAGUUGUUAAAUAUCUUAUCUCUGUUGGAGCUGAUAAAGAAGCAAAGGAUAAUGAUGGAUGGACUCCACUCUUUUGUGCAUCAAGAAAUGGUCAUCUUGAAGUUGUUAAAUGUCUUAUCUCUGUUGGAGCUGAUAAAGAAGCAAAGGAUCAUUUUGGAUCUACUCCACUCAUUUUUGCAUCAAGACAUGGUCAUCUUGAAUUUGUUAAAUAUCUUAUCUCUGUUGGAGCUGAUAAAGAAGCAAAGGAUAAAGAUGGAUGUACUCCACUCAUUUAUGCAUCAGAAAAUGAUCAUCUUGAAGUUGUUAAAUAUCUUAUCUCUGUUGGAGCUGAUAAAGAAGCAAAGGUUAAUAAUGGAUCUACUCCACUCAUUUAUGCAUCAGAUAAUGGUCAUCUUGAAGUUGUUAAAUAUCUUAUCUCUGUUGGAGCUGAUAAAGAAGCAAAGGAUAAAGAUGGAUCUACUCCACUCAUUUUUGCAUCAAGAGAAGGUCAUCUUGAAGUUGUUAAAUAUCUUAUCUCUGUUGGAGCUGAUAAAGAAGCAAAGAAUAAUAAUGGAAAGACUGCUCUUGAUGUUGCAAAAAGUUCUGUGAAAAAAUACUUUUUGGAAGACAAAACAGAAUAG